AUGGGUAUCCUGCCUGAAGCUCGCGUCCAUUCAGUUCGUGCGUUUUCUAGUGUGGGCACGGAUUACGGAGGACCAUACCUCAUCAAGGAGUGUAAGAGGCGAAACACGAAAACCACUAAAGUCUACAUUGCGCUAUCCGUUUGUAUGGCUACCAAAGCCAUACAUGUUGAAAUUGUUUCCGAUUUGACAGCCGACGCGUUUCUCGCCGCUCUAGAUCGAUUUGUCGCCCGCCGCGGUGUACCAGCACAUGUGUAUUCAGAUUGCGGCACAAACUAUGUUGGUGCUGCUAGACAGUUAAAACAGAUAUUUCGGGAUAAAACCGUCCAAGCCCAGGUGUCCACUCAUGUCGUUUGUGAUUGGCAUUUUAACCCACCUGCCACGCCGCAUUUUGGUGGCCUCUGGGAGGCGGGCAUCAAAGGCGUGAAAUUCCACUUGAAACGAGUGAUUGGCACUCAAGUGCUUACCUACGAAGAGCUCGAGACAUUGUGUGUUCGAAUUGAGGGAAUUCUUAACUCACGCCCCCUCACUCCAGCGUCGAUGGACCCACAUGAUCACACUGCCUUGACCCCUGGACAUUUCCUCAUCGGACAACCAAUCAUGGAAGUACCAGAAGUAACCCUCAGCGAGGUUCCGAUGAAUCGACUGACACGUUGGCAGCUUCUUCGACAAAUGCAUCAGUCGUUCUGGAAGCGAUGGUCACGGGAGUACUUGAAUACACUACAGGGGCGUCAGAAAUGGACUACUAUCCAGGAUAACCUUAAGGUGGGUGAUCUUGUCAUUGUGGAUGCUCCAAAUCAGCCUCCUUCCGUGUGGCGGAUGGGACGUAUUACAGCUGUUCAUCCAGGUCCAGACCAAAUCGUCCGCGUAGUUACCAUCAUCACACAAGAUGGGGAGAUGAAGAGACCGGUGGUCAAAGUUGUUAAACUGCCAACAGAUAAGUAG